UCAAAAGAGUAUAAACAUAAAAUAACCUCAAAAUUAGAUCGAUUUGCUAUUGAAUUGAAACGCCGAGAAGUAUUAUUUGUUACAAUAAAAAGUACAGAUGGCUUCAAAAGAAGGAACUGAUAAAGGAAAGAGUAGCCAAGGAGCAGGAGAUAAUAAAGAAAAACGCAGAAAAGAAUCUAUACUCGACCUUAGCAAAUAUCUGGAAAAAAGCAUCCGUGUUAAAUUUGCUGGAGGCAGGGAAGCGGCGGGAAUUCUUAAAGGUUAUGACCCCUUGCUGAAUCUAGUUCUGGACAAUACUACGGAGUUUCUCAGAGAUCCUGAUGACCCUUACAAACUGCUUGAUGACACAAGAGCCCUGGGUUUGGUGGUAUGCCGAGGUACUUCAGUAGUUCUAAUAUGUCCUAUGGAUGGCAUGGAGGCCAUACCAAACCCUUUCAUUUCCCAAGAGGGAUAGGUUUAUGCUACUUUUGUAAUGUUUAAUUUAAGGCUGUAAGUAAAUAUAAGAUUUUUUU